UUGGCGGGUGGAUGACAGUAGACGAUGAAGAGAUGAUUGUUUGAAGAGAGUGGUACAGUUAAGCAUUUGAUAAUGCGGAUCUGUCUCGUGUAGAAGAAACGUUUUCUGAAGUAAUUUCGCUUUUUUUUAUUGUUCAAUUUAUCGUUUGCUUUAACCGGCGGCUAGAAGGACAGAGUCUUUACAGCAGCGUCUCUUCACGCGCAUCCUUGUUCACCGGACAGACUCGACUUCCUCACUGAGCAGAAAUGUAUCGCUUGCAGUCGCUGGCAGCUCGAUCACUGAUCGCCGGAGCCCUCGACCAGUGUACCCCUUUAACACUGACAUCUCUCACUGGGGUGCGACACAAAUCUCAGGGUCCGUCCGUGGAGAAGUGCGGCCAGAUGCGCUUCAUCACCGCCGAGGCUAAAGUGUCUGCCGGGCGCCUCGACGGGAAGAUGCGGGAGAAGACCCUGACUAUGGACACACUGAACCCGCAGGUGAAGGCUGUGGAGUACGCCGUGAGGGGACCCAUAGUUAUCAAAGCUGGAGAGAUCGAGAGAUACUUGGAGGAGGGUGGUACGAAACCCUUCUCUGAAGUCAUUAAAGCCAACAUCGGGGAUGCACAUGCCAUGGGACAACAGCCAAUCACCUUCCUCAGACAGGUGGUGGCUCUCUGCACAUUCCCUGAGCUGAUGGACAGUCCCAGUUUCCCAGAGGAUGCGAAAUGGAGAGCACGGCGUAUCCUGCAGGGCUGCGGGGGACACAGUCUCGGGUCGUAUAGUGCAAGCCCCGGCGUGGAGUGCAUCCGCAAAGACAUCGCUGCGUACAUAGAGCAAAGAGAUGAAGGAGUUCCUUCAGACUGGGAAAACAUUUACCUCACCACUGGGGCUAGCGAUGGCAUUAUGACUAUUCUGCGGCUACUGGUGUCUGGAAAAGAUUCUUCUCGGACCGGUGUAAUGAUCCCUAUCCCUCAAUACCCGCUUUACUCUGCUGCAAUCUCAGAGAUGGAUGCGGUACAGGUCAACUACUACUUAGAUGAGGACAACUGCUGGGCUCUGGACAUCAAUGAGCUUCACAGGGCCUAUCAGGCUGCCAAACAGCACUGUCAGCCGAGAGUCAUUUGCAUCAUUAACCCUGGCAACCCUACUGGCCAGGUCCAAAGUAAAAAAUGCAUUGAAGAAGUCCUGCACUUUGCAUAUGAAGAGAAUCUCUUUGUCAUGUCAGAUGAGGUGUAUCAGGAUAAUGUGUACGCUCCUGACUGUCAGUUCCACUCCUUCAAGAAGGUGCUAUAUGAGAUGGGCCCCGAGUACUUCAACAGCGUGGAGCUCGUCUCCUUUCAUUCCACUUCCAAAGGCUACACGGGAGAGUGUGGCUUCAGGGGUGGAUAUAUGGAGGUGAUCAACAUGGAUCCUGAGGUCAAGGCCCAGCUGGUCAAGCUUUUAUCGGUUCGUCUGUGCCCUCCCCUGGCUGGCCAGGCUGCAAUGGAUGUGAUUGUCAACCCUCCUCAACCAGAAGAGCACACGUUCAAGCAGUUCCACCAGGAGAAAUCAUCAGUGCUGGGUGCUUUAGCAGAAAAAGCUAAACUAACUGAGCAGAUCUUGAAUGCAGUUCCAGGAAUCAAGUGUAAUCCUGUUCAGGGGGCCAUGUACGCCUUCCCUCAAAUCUUUAUCCCUCCAAAGGCGGUGGAGGAAGCCAAGGCUCUAGGAAUGCAGCCUGACAUGUUUUACUGCCUGAGGUUGCUGGAGGAGACCGGAAUCUGCGUCGUUCCCGGCAGUGGCUUUGGGCAGAAAGAUGGAACGUAUCAUUUCAGAAUGACGAUCCUGCCAUCCAUAGAGAAGCUGAAGGUGCUUCUUGGAAAAGUACAAGAUUUCCACAUCCGUUUUCUGAAAGAUUACUCCGCUCUGGAGCGAGAUGAAAUCUGACCCCGAUUUGCAAAAAAUAAGCUGGCGAGACCAGCGAUACUUAACACACUAACCACUCUUUUAAACUGUAGUGUUAAGUAUUUUUUAAAUUCUUAUUUUAGAUUUAAUGAAAAUGGUUUCUGGAUGAGUUUUUUGAUAAUAUUAGCAAUUUAGCCAGACAUAAAACACUACUCUUGAAUAUUUUAUUUAUUUUUCACGGUUCGUUUGAGGAAAUGGGACUUAAUUUCUUUUUAUGUUUAAUUUGCCUUUCAAUCACCAUAUCUGCAGCAGGAUGUGUAAUAAAUACAUCCUUUAUCACGAGAUGAGAUUCAGUUACAAACAUUAUUUACAACUUUCCAAAACAGGAACUAAAGUGUGAAGAUUAAUGCAUCACUCACUUAAACUCUUGUAGCACCUUAUAUGAACUAUUCAAAACCAUUUUGGCUAAUGCAAAUUUAGGUGUUUUUUUACACUUUAGUGUUGGGGGGUGGAUGGUGCUGUGAGGAACUUGUUAUGGUUCUGGAACGUUUACAAGGAGGGACUCUUUUAAUGGCUGUCUUGUCCUCAUCCUUAGUUGCACUCAUUGCCAUGCAAUGUACAUAAACUUUAAGCUCGUCAUUUUGAAAGGUAUAGUCACGAGUUAAGCUUCUGUGUAAGAUUGCGGCUAAGGCAACGAUAUAUGCGUCUCUGACUCUGUAUGUUUCCAAGGCCAGUUAAAAAAAAGUGGAAGGAAGAAAACGUGUGGAGAAAGCGCUUUGCUCGUAAAUGUUUACUGAUGUAUUUUAUUUCCUCUGGUUUUAUGUUAUUUUGAACUAUUAGACAUAAUGCUGUUUGAAUCAAUUCUGGGAGCUGUACCAUGAAGCUAGCCAAACAAAAUCUAGUUUGAAGUUGAAAGCUAUUAAUACCAUGAUGUUGUCUGCCCAGACCUUGAUUCUGAAUUCAUGCAUAACUAAAACAAUAAGCCCAAUUUAUUGUACCUAAAACCCAGGGAUGACACAAAACAAAUGUAGUCUAUCCAGCAAAACCAGCUUCAUGGUGCAACCCCGUUCUUUUCAGACAGGUGGUCAUAUUUACAAAUGAAAUUAAGAGAGAUUAGUGCCAAAGUUGACUAAAUCUCCCCUUACAUCUCAUCUUUCAUGUCAAAGCCAUUAACAGCGUAUGACUUGUUCAUGCCUUCUUGCGUCUUUUAAACUUAUCACUUCAUAUGAGGUGCCUUUGUUCAUGCCUGUGAACUCUUAAUGAAAUGAGCUUUCCCUACAUGCAUUACUAGCUUGUAAUAUAGAAUUUUUUUAAAAGCUUCUGUGUAUUUUUUUUGUUUACAGAUUUUGGGAAAUUGGCUCAAUGUUACAUUGUAUAUUUUCAAAUGAAUAUUAAACUUAUGAAGACUGUUAAAA